AUGAGUUCUUCUGUGCAAAUGAUUGCCCGAUCAUGGUCGCUCCAGCCCUUGGCUCGGUUUUCGGAGUCCGUUUUCUCUCAUACACCAGAGGGAGCACACAAUUUCUUCCGUUCCAGACUGGUUCAAACAGGUCUGGCAGCUCUGCUGGUUCUACGCUUGUUGAAAAGCAUCAGUAAUCAACUAUCCUGGUAUUCUAUGAACAACUACACGAGACUGGCUCCUUGGGACCCGGAUAGAGAGCUGGUACUCAUCACCGGUGGAAGCAGUGGGAUUGGGGAACAGAUCAUGAAGGACCUAGCUAAACAAAAGGUCACGGUGAUCAUACUCGAUAUACAAGAACCGAGAUCCAGGCUGCCACCGGGAGUCUUUUUCUACAAGGCCGAUGUCACAUCGAGGGAAAGCGUCAAGGCUGUCGCAGAAGUGAUCCGCAAAGACCACCGAGACCCGACCAUUCUCAUCAACAACGCUGGUGUUGGAUAUGGAAGAACAAUCAUUGAGGAGCCCGAGGAGAUGAUUCGUCUCACAUUUGAGGUCAACAUCCUGGCUCAUUUCUGGACUGUCAAGGAAUUCUUGCCCAGCAUGGUCAGACAUAAUCAUGGCCACAUCAUCACUAUUGCAAGUCUCGCAUCCUUUGCCGCACUUGGAGAAGCAGUCGACUAUGCAUGUACCAAAGCUGGAGCACUGGCUUUCCAUGAAGGACUCACCCAAGAAAUUCGACACUGGUAUAAGGCCAAGAAUAUCCGAACAAGCAUCAUCCAUCCACUCUGGGUCCGCACUCAGAUGAUUGACGACCUUGUUAAAGCUGGCAAGCAUUUCAGGCAAAGAAUUCUUAGCCCGGAUGACGUUUCCAGAGCGGUACUGAAACAGAUCAUCACACAGAGCAGCGGUCAGAUUAUCAUACCGUCAUCACACCAGCCUGCCACGAUGCUUCGAGCUUUUCCUCAAUGGCUACAAGAAUAUCUCCGGAAUAAGAACUCCCAGGACUUGAUUAGAGUCCGAGCUUUGCGGCGCUCAUCUAAUGGAGACAUCUAA